AACGGAUACCAUAAAACCGUCUCAGAGAAUUUCAUUUCUAUUUUAAAAGCUGCAACAGCUACCAUGGAAAGCAUUCCUGAAUGUUUGACUGAUGAAGAGGCGUUAGAAAAUGAAAGUUCCGAACUGUCAGAAUCAAAUAAAUCGAUAAAUGAUUGUCUCAGCUCAAGUAAAGACAAUGCACGGGAUUACACUCCUGCAAUUUUACCGAGAAUAGUAACGGAGCCAACGCCUGAAUUCAUUUCUAAUUCAAACAGUGAAAUAAAAUCCAUCAUUCUAGAAAAUGAUUCAUUAUCAAAAGGAAGCGGGGAAAUGAAAUAUAUGGAAAGACUUUCAGUGUCGCUUAUUGAUUUAUCGAAACACAAACACGGCAGAACUGAUAAAAACUUCUUAAAGAUCGAUAAGAAAUUACCUUACGCAAAUGCAUCUUCCGAGGCGAACGUAGAAAAGAUUUCCCGAUCAUUCUGCAAUUCUGAAAUCUGCAUACCUAAACAGAACGAUUUCAAUCAGAAACAGUCGAACAGCAACUCAAAUUUAAACGAUCUUUCGCGUGAUGUUCUAACGAAGCAACUGUUACAUUCUAACUCAAUUCUUUCAACGGACAGUUUAGACAAAAGAUGUUCUAAAACAGAAUAUAGUGCAACACCAUUUUCAGGACCAUCGAGGCAGCGUUCUGCUUCUGUUCAGUGGAUACACAACGCUUUCCAAACUGUGGAACAAAAAUGCAGAGGUCUUUUAGAUCUUCGAAGACCAAGCGAUAUUGCUGCUGGAAGCGAUGAAGAAAUUGAAAUGGAGAUAUCUGAAGACGAAUCUUCAAAAUUUACAAGUCAUUCCUCUGCCAAUGGGAGACGUUUCAGCGAAAAUAUUUUCGGGAAAAGACGUCUACUAGGACUGGGACAUCUGAAGGGAUUGUGGAAAGAGAGGAAUAUAAAAAGAAAUGAAGCUAAAGAUAGUGAUCAAACAAGACCAGAUGUAUGUCCAUUGUUCAGUUUUCCGAGGAACAUUGAUGAAGAUGAGAAAAUUUUAGAUUCUUUACGCCAAGCGACAAGGAAAUGCACUGCAGUAGAUCCUUCUACCCGACCCACUUCGUUUUCGGUUUUGGAUCAGCUGUCUCAUUUAAUCGACUCAACUGAUACACCAUAGGAGAUGACACUGAAUCGACAGAAUCGCUUAAUGGAAGUCCAACAAGACAUUUUACGCAAGCUUGGAUUAUCACGAAAUCACAAUGUCACUUCCCACAUGUCUCAGGAAGAGAGACAGUCUCUCGUGUCGUCUUUCGACAGGACAAUGUUCGCUCGACUGGAAAACGAUACAGUCCAUUGUGAUGACGAGAAUAUGUGUUAGAAAAUUAUGCUCUAUUCAGGACAGUAUAGCCCUUCUGAUAUUACAGACUUAAUUGCAAGCGUAGGUCUAAGCGCCAAUUAGCCUCUGAAAGAGUGACGUUUUAUAGUGUAGCUAUAAAAUGUGAAUUUUUUAAUACCGAUUCUGAUUGAUAGUAUGUUAUUUGCAGUAUUUUAUGUACAUAUUUUCUUGUAAAUAAAUUUUUAAUGUUUA